AGCUCGCGCAGAGUCUGACGCGGGCUAACUCUACACUACUAGAUAGCAUGCGAGGCGAUACACGCCCGCGUUGCGUCUUCUGGUGCCUCCGAGGUACGCAGAGCACGCGGAUCGUGCUUUGCAACGGAGCAGUUUCAGAGAAAACCGUUCGAAUUUCUGACCUUCCUUGCCCGUUAAGAUGGAUGUAGCCACAUGGAACAAAAAAAUUCAAGCUGGUUCUCCUCCGGCCUCGAUUCAAGAGUGUGACUCUUCGUGCUACGGUAGCUGUGCUGGACCUGGCCCACGUCUCUGCGACAAAUGUCGCCAGUUUCGGAAUGCGGACACUCUCGAAUGCAUCGACCAAUGCCCAGAGAACUAUCAAGCCACCCACAACUACUGUAUACCACCAGAGAGUCAGGAAUUGUGUCCCAUAUCGUGCAUGCUGAAGCGUGACACUCAAGACCCCACAGAGUGUUCCUGUGACCAACAAACAGACUCUGGAGCCCAUCAUGGUAUUACUACUGGUGGCAUAAUAAUAUAUGUACUAGUGGGAGUCACCUUCCGUCUCAUUAUGAAUAGUAUAUUCUGAAAUGUAUUGUGGAUUACGUAGUGAUUAUAAUGUGACUCUAGUUUACUCAUUGUGUAUGAUGGUGUAUUUGUACAAGUAUUAUUUUUCAACUAUUAAAAAAAUACUUUUUGGUGCUUUAUGAUA